UCCAAACAGUUGACGGAGGGAAAGCGCGAAGAAUUGCUGGAAAAAAUGCUCGCAAACGCGGAAUGGAUCGCCUACGGCAUCCACAACAUUUCGCCAAUGGAAAUAACUGAGAAAAUGCUAAGCAGCACCAAAAUCAGUCUCAACGUGAUCUCACAGAAUGCAGCCAUUGGAUUGAUUAAUUCGGCUCUCGAUCAAGGUGUCAAUUUGAAAGAGGUCUACGUAGAUACAGUGGGCAAGGCUGACAUAUAUCAGGCCUACCUGCAGUCGCUUUUCCCAAAAAUCAAGAUCACCGUGGAAAGUAAAGCCGAUGACACCUAUCCAAUCGUCAGUGCUGCCAGUAUCUUCGCCAAGGUAACUCGUGAUCGACUCUUGGCGCGGUGGCCCAAAGCCGGUCGUGGCAGUAUUCCUCCUAACACCCCGCUCGGUUCGGGAUAUCCAGGCGAUCCCCUUACGAAACAGUACUUAAGAAUCUGCAUGGACCCCAUAUUUGGCUUUCCGCCGUUGGUUCGGUCCAGCUGGUCAACUGCUCAAACUCUUCUUGAGGAGCGAGCUGUGAGAGUCCUUUGGUAA